UUCCUGUGGAGCUCCUGUCAGCCCGCUGAUCCAGUCGCCCGCUCCCCACUGCCCCUCAGUUUUUACGUGGGCGCAGAGGCGGAGGAACUAAAAAGAAUAUAUAUAUAUAUAAAUUUAAAAAAAAUGGCGGAGCGGAGCCAGACGGCGCCUGAGGCAGGCAAUGAUAUGGGAAAUGAUGAUGCCAUCGGAGGGAAUGUGAGCAAAUAUAUGGUGCUUCCAAAUGGAUACUCUGGACAGCCCAAGAAAGGACAUCUUAUUUUUGAUGCUUGCUUUGAAAGUGGUAAUCUUGGACGAGUGGACCAAGUCUCUGAAUUUGAGUAUGAUCUAUUCAUUCGACCAGAUACUUGUAAUCCUCGCUUUCGAGUCUGGUUCAACUUUACUGUUGAAAAUGUUAAAGAAUCACAGAGAGUCAUUUUCAACAUAGUUAAUUUCAGCAAGACCAAGAGUCUUUAUAGAGAUGGGAUGGCUCCUAUGGUGAAGUCUACCAGCAGACCAAAAUGGCAAAGGCUACCACCUAAAAAUGUUUAUUACUACCGCUGCCCAGACCAUAGGAAAAAUUAUGUGAUGUCUUUUGCAUUUUGUUUUGACCGAGAAGAAGAUAUUUACCAGUUUGCUUACUGCUAUCCGUAUACUUACACUCGCUUCCAGCACUAUCUUGAUAGCCUGCAGAAGAGGAACAUGGAUUAUUUCUUUCGGGAGCAACUUGGUCAGAGUGUGCAACAGCGGCAGCUUGAUCUCCUGACCAUAACCAGUCCUGACAACCUUCGAGAAGGAGCAGACCAGAAGGUGGUAUUCAUCACAGGACGAGUCCACCCAGGGGAAACACCCUCUUCAUUUGUAUGCCAAGGGAUCAUUGACUUCCUGAUAAGUCAGCACCCUAUUGCCCGUGUUCUACGGGAACAUCUGGUCUUCAAGAUUGCACCAAUGCUCAACCCUGAUGGAGUCUACCUGGGCAACUACAGGUGCUCUCUGAUGGGUUUUGAUCUGAAUCGUCACUGGCUGGAUCCCUCUCCAUGGGCCCACCCUACCCUGCAUGGGGUGAAACAGCUCAUUGUCCAGAUGUACAAUGACCCAAAAACUAGUCUGGAAUUUUAUAUUGAUAUCCAUGCACACUCCACCAUGAUGAAUGGCUUUAUGUAUGGCAAUAUCUUUGAAGAUGAGGAACGGUUCCAGAGACAGGCUAUUUUUCCCAAGCUACUCUGUCAGAAUGCCGAGGACUUUUCUUACUCCAGCACAUCUUUUAACCGGGAUGCUGUGAAAGCAGGGACUGGUCGUCGCUUCCUCGGUGGACUACUGGACCACACUUCCUACUGCUACACCCUAGAGGUCUCCUUCUACAGUUAUACCAUCGGGGGCACCACAGCUGCUGUGCCCUACACUGAGGAAGCCUAUAUGAAGCUGGGGCGGAAUGUGGCAAGAACGUUUUUGGAUUAUUACCGGCUGAACCCUAUGGUUGAGAAAAUGGCAAUCCCCAUGCCAAAGCUGAGGAAAGAAAAACCCCCUCCCUACAAGCACCCACAUCUGCGGGGCCCAGCCAGCAACUAUCCCAACGGCAAAGGGGACAAGAAGAGCUCAGUAAAACACAAAGACCCUUCAAGUUCUUUCUAAAGACAUGGGGUUCUGGGAAAUCUUGUGGAGUCAGGAAUUUGCAUUGUCUACUAGGGCAUGAAGUUAAUCACCCUUCUCUGGUUUCCAGGAUCAGAACUGUAAAAUAAUGAAUAAGUGAGUGAAAAGGAAGGGAGAAAAAUGAGAAAUUUCAUCAUCGAUUUUCCCUUUACCAGUGGAAAAUCAAUUGUGAAACUUCAAGUUGAGGCUUAAGACAAAAUAGAAGACUCAACCCAGGCAAGUACAAAUGAUAUUUUUCCCACAAGGUAGAGAUACUCACAAGAAAAGGGAAAGACACUGAAGUUUAGCACAGCCAGAUCAGUGUUUCUGAUGUUCCUUUACCUUCUAACAUUGUAUAGUUUCCAUAGGUGGUUACCUUUUAGAACAGUAUAGGAUUGUGUGCAGUUUGGAUGUACAGCAUUCACUUUUGCUGGUCAAAAACAACACUAGCGUGUACAGCCCAAAGAUUGUUGUGGACAGUGGGACAGAAUUUUCUGAAAUCACAGCAGCCUUAGCUAUGUGGUCACUGUAACUGCAUGAUGUCUGUUCUUCUAAGCUCUGGCAUGUGAUUUCAGAAAACUACUUUCCCAAUGACCUGAGUGGUUUAAUUAAAACUUUUUUUCCAAAGACAAAAGUGUGGGUCACUCAUCCCAAAAGAGCUGUUGUAUCUAAAGCCAGGGAUCAAACCUAGACAUUGAAAAGGUGGACAUUGAUUAUCUACAAGGGGGAAGGCUGACUACCAGGUAAGGGAAAUGCAAAUAAUGAAAGGAAACAGUCAGAGGCAGAUGAGAAUGAUAAAAUAAAACAGCAGCAGUAGCAACUCCCAAAGUGGGGAAAGCUAAAUAGUGUGCAUUUUUCAAGAGUAAAGUGCCUUUGUAUGAUGAAUGGGUCCAGGGGAGUCUGCUCCCUUCCUGUCUGUGAAACAGCAGGCUGAGUCACCAUGACAGCCUGCUAAUUAAAAUGACCUCCCAGAAAUGAGGAUUAGGAGAUAGAGAGAGGAAGGCAGACUCAAGGGAGACAGGGCCUUUAGCACAAAGCUUCAAUUAAGCAUUUUUAAGCUUUGGGUUGGAGAUUUUUUAAAGUUUGUUGCAGAAACUGAGAGCAAAGCUUAUUGUCCUUCUGCUUACUGGUUUUCAGAAAUGAUAACAAAGUACUGUAUGUUAGCUGGUAACAUGUUGUGUUUGUCUAUACAGCUUCUCUCCUGGGUUGUUGUUGCCCAGAGGAACACAAAUAAAGAGUUUAUGUAGUC